UUUUACUGACUUAUAAAAUUGACGCCUAUAGUUACUCUUGAACUCACUUUAACUAUUAACGUGGACCAAUAUUAUAUCUGUGGCUCUAGUAAAAAAAACAUUUGGUAAUGUACUGGUUUAACGCAAACUAUAUUUUAUCAGCUUCAAGUACGACAGAUUCGUUCAUCGAUAAACCUGAUGAAGAAGUGUACAGAGACGAAGGCAGUGAUGUCACAUUAGAGUGGCACUUUCACGUCGGAUCCUGUUCCAGUUCAUCUACAUUCAGGGAAUUUCUUUUUGGUGUUUGGGAUGAUUCUGGCUUUGUGAAAAACAAGAUCCUGGCUGUCCAAGAAAACAACGUGGUAUCUAAAGGAAGCGGAUUUGAAAGAAAGGUGGAUUGGAGCGGGAAUAUUUACGACUGUGUGAAUUGUACAGCAAUAGUCAAAAUGUACAACUUGACGGAUGCGGACUUCAAGAAGUAUGGCGUAAAGGUGCAACUAGGUUUCAAAAGGAGCCCUCUUACAAAUUGGCUGAGACUUGUAAAAUUUGAACCUGCAGAAAUCAUAAACUCAUCAUGGCCGCGAAGAAUUGAAGUCGAAGAAGGUAACGCAACGACUAUCGAAUGCAAAGCGAAAGGACGUCCAACGCCUUCUGUCAUCAUCAAGAAGAAGAAUCGUACACUGUGUAAUGAUAGUACAGGGCACUGUGUAUACAAGAUUCGAAAAGCCAAGCCCGCAGAUGAGGGAGAAUACUUGUGCUUAGUACAGCAAAGGAACUACAGCCAAAUCGGACGUUCCUUGAACCUGACGGUGUUAGAGGGAAGAAACAUAUCAGCGAUAGACACAAACGCAGGUUUGACGGGUGGAGAAAUAGCUGGCAUCGUUAUUGCGUGUGUUGCUGUUGCUAUUGCUAUUGCUAUAGUGGCUGGAAUUGUGUGCUGGCGGAGACGAAUAUGUUGUUUUCAACAGAACGAAAACCCGAUCCCGACCAAUGAGGAUGACGUGAAUGAUGAAGAUCUGUAGUCAAGGAAAGUGUAAUUUUGGCAAUUAAUACGUAGAACAGACUGAAAGGACGAAAAUAAAAGGACGAAAGAUGUGUUCGCCACGUUACAGUGCAAAUCGAAACACUGUGGGCACCUAGAAAUAUUCUAGGAAUGUUAUAUAGAUCUCCUUUGGCCAAUCAGAAUUGACUUUCAAACAAAAAGAUAACGGAAAGAUAACAGUAACGCUUCUGAUUGGCCGAUUAAACAUUCAUGAAAUAUUUCUAGAUGCCCACUGUUUUCGAUUUGCACUGUUAUUGGUUGACAUGACAAAACGACACCAAGACCAAAUCUUUUGUUGGUUAAAGUCAACCAAAUUGAUGGCUAUGACGUCACAUGCACCCUAAGAAUUGCUUGCCACUCUAACUUUGAUAAGUCUUCACAUUCGAGCUCGUUAAAAAAAUACAUAGAGGAUAUUACAUGGGCGCGCGGAGAUACGAA